UUUCCCUCCUACAAGUCACCACAGUUGUAGCCUCACCAGACUGGAAGUGCCGGAGAACUAGGCCUAGCAAAACCCAGUCACUCCUUCUUCGGCGACCAUGGCGUCUCCUGCUCUGCUCCCGGUUUCUGGGAGUUCCAGUGAACUUCGUGGUACGAGAAACAUCUCAUUUAGUACUUCAUGUGGUAUGGACUUUGAUGUGGGAACUAGUUCAGAAGUUGUAUCUCAGUACAAGAAAAGAAGGAUCCCUCAAAAGACCGAUUUUCAGUCAUGUGAGGUUUUGAGAGACAUUGAAGUUAUAUUACCUAAUUUAAGAUCAGCUGAUUAUUAUACGAAACCCUGUUUGAAGGAGUUGGCUGCCCGGGAACUUGCAGACCCUGGUUAUUGUAGCCGAGUUUUGGAUUUCACGAUUGGAAGGGUUGGUUAUGGAUCAGUCAAAUAUCUUGGGGAGACUGACAUUAGACAGUUAGAUUUAGAUGACAUUGUGAAGUUCCAUAGGCACGAGGUAGUUGUGUAUGAAAAUGAAAAUGCCAAGCCUGUGGUUGGGCAGGGACUUAACAAGGCUGCUGAGGUGACUUUGGUCCUUCGAGUAAGAUCACUAGGUUUCGAAGAGGGGAAACUGGAGAUGGUUGGGGAUAAAUUAAGAAUGAGUGCAGAGAAACAAGGGGCUCACUUCAUUUCAUUUGACCCAGCAAAUGGUGAAUGGAAAUUCUUGGUUCAACAUUUCAGCAGAUUUGGAUUGAGUGACGAUGAUGAAGAAGAUAUUGUAAUGGAUGAUGCGACUGCAGCUCAGAAUCCUGUGGGGGUGAAUGGCGGUGAGAUUCCUGAUAUUGAUGAAGAACACGUGGGCCCUAAUGGUGUGUUGCUCUCUCACUCUCUUCCAGCUCAUCUUGGGCUUGACCCAGUAAGAAUGAGAGAAAUGAAAAUGUUGAUGUUUCCUGACGAGGAAGAGGAGGCGGAAGAUUUUAAGGAAAUACUGACAUGUCAGAAGCCAUCUUUUGGUAAAGAAUACAUAAGACCUUUACACUCUGCUCAGAGGAUGAGCCAUCGAUCUAGUCCACCAGUUGCUCGAAAAACCCCUUUAGCAUUGCUUGAGUACAACCAUGGUAGUUUUGACUCAAACUCUCCUGGAGCUAUUCUGAUGGUCCCACAAAAUAAGGGUAUGUCAUUGAAGCCAAUAAAACCUGAAGGUUCAGGUUUUAAACUGGACCUCAAGCAAGAAACACCAGUAACUGGAAGCCAUUCUCGCAACAUAGUGGAUGCAGGUUUGUUCAUGGGUAGGUCAUUUCGAGUAGGGUGGGGCCCAAAUGGGAUCCUUGUUCACACUGGUACACCUGUAGGUAGUAACGAUUCUCAAAGGGUGUUAUCAUCUGUUAUCAAUUUAGAGAAGGUUGCUAUUGAUAAAGUGGUUAGAGACGAAAAUAACAAAGUCAGAGAGGAACUUAUUGGGUUUGCUUUUGAUUCUCCAUUAAAUCUCCACAAUGAGAUAAAUCAUGAAACAAAAGUAGUUGAAGUUGGUUCCUUCAAACUGAGGCUUCAAAAACUUGUCUCAGAUCGCCUAAUGCUUCCAGAGAUUUGUAGGAAAUACGGAGAUAUUCUGGAGAGGAGGUUGGAUGUUCCCGGGCUAGCUUCCUCUACUCGUGUGGUUUUGUCUCAUCAAGUAAUGGUCUGGGAAUUGAUAAAAGUUCUUUUUUCCAAUCGGGCAAAUAGUUCAAAGUCGAAGUCCUUGGGUGCUGAUAAUGAGGAAGACAUGAUGCAGGAUAUGAAGGAAGCUUCUUCAGAUGUUGACCUAGAAGCACUACCUCUUAUUCGAAGGGCAGAGUUCAGCUUAUGGUUGCAAGAGACUGUUUGCCCUCAUGUACAAGAUACAAUAAGCUCCUUGAAUGAGUCCAAUUAUCUAGAACAUGUAUUCUUACUCUUGACUGGGCGGCAGCUUGAUGCAGCUGUGGAGCUGGCAGCUUCUAAAGGAGAUGUGAGAUUGGCCUGUUUAUUAAGUCAGGCUGGUGGUUCCAUGGUUAACCGUGCUGAUGUUUUGCGGCAGCUUGAUCUUUGGAGAAUCAAUAGGCUGGAUUUCAGUUUCAUUGAGAAGGACCGGUUAAGACUUUAUGAAUUGCUUUCUGGUAAUAUUCAUGGUGCUUUGCAUGAUGUGAAUGUUGAUUGGAAGAGGUUUCUAGGGUUAUUGAUGUGGUAUCAACUACCACCUAACACUUCAUUGCCUGUUGUUUUCCAUGCAUAUCAACAUCUUGUUGAUGAUGGAAAGGCUCCAUAUCCUGUUCCAGUGUACAUUGAUGAAGGACCAGUAGACGAGGUUAUUAAAUGGGGUACAGAGGAACGUUUUGACUUCUCAUAUUAUCUUAUGCUUCUUCAUGCCAGUGAAGAGGGAGAGUUUGGCGAUUUGAAGACAAUGUUCACUGCCUUAUGUUCAACAAACGAUCCACUUGAUUACCAUAUGAUCUGGCAUCAGCGUGCAGUGUUGGAAGCAAUUGGUGCUAUAACUUCUAAUGAUCUUCAUGUUCUGGACAUGGGACUUGUCUCGCAGCUGUUGUGUCUGGGGAAAUGUCAUUGGGCCAUCUAUGUGAUCCUUCAUAUGCCCUACCGUGAAGAUUUUCCAUAUCUGCAUGUGAAUCUCAUUCGGGAAAUCUUGUUCCAGUACUGCGAAUUGUGGAGUUCGGAAGAAUCACAAAGCCAGUUUAUUGAGAACUUGGGCGUUCCAGUUGCGUGGCUUCAUGAGGCUAUGGCAGUUUACUUUAGUUACUGUGGGGAUUUCUCAAAGGCACUUGAACACUUUCUUCAAUGUGCACAUUGGCAAAAAGCUCAUACUAUUUUCAUAACGUCGGUUGCUCAUAAAUUGUUCUUAGCAGCCAAACACUCGGAGAUAUGGAGGCUUGCUACUUCUAUGGAGGACCAUAAGUCUGAAAUUGAAAAUUGGGAAUUGGGAGCUGGAAUUUAUAUUUCAUUCUAUCUAUUGAGAUCUUCAUUGCAGGAAGAUAACAAUACUAUGAGUGAACUGGAUUCUUUUGAGAGCAAAAAUGCUAUUUGUAGAGAGUUUCUUGGCCGGUUAAAUGAGUCUUUGGCAGUUUUGGGUGGCAGAUUUCAAGUUGAUGCAAGAGUAGCUUAUUCAAAAAUGGCUGAGGAGAUAUGUGGUUUGCUUCUUUCUGACAUUGAAGGCUCAACCUGUGAUGGUCAGCUAAGCUGCUUUGACACUGUUUUUAGUGCUCCUAUUCCUGAAGACCUUCGCUCAAGUUAUCUGCAGGGUGCAGUGUCUGUUUUCACGUGCUUUCUUUCAGAGGUGGCUACAUAGUUUGUACACCUUUGAUGCCGUAUCCAAUACUCAUGGUCGUUGUGUGAUGUGAAGUUGAGUCUUUUGUUGUGGUUCUGUAUGAAAAGAUGAUUUCUCGAAUAUUCACUUGAAAAUGAUCAAAAUAACUUAAUGAGAUAUUCUGCAAUUAUCUUGGUGAAAAAAACCCAACAAUUAUGAAUCUUCCAGAAUGUCUUUAGAUUUUAGGAUUGUAAGUGUUUUGUUUGAAUGUAAUACAACUUGCAAUUGAAAGUGAGAAAAACAAUGGCAGCUGUCUUGAAGGUAUGGCAUGAGUUCUGGUCAGUCACAAAGGAAUUCAGAGAUUCGUGAUACAAAUAGAAGCAAAAAUUGGAACUGCAUAGGAUUACGGAAGGCAUUCAACAACUUGUAAAGGAGCAUGAACAGUGUAGCUUUCAGCCCUUGCAAUGAUGGCAGCAACAUCGUUCAUGAAAACGCAGUGGCCAUGCCUGUUGAGGUUUCUUAGUAUGGUGAUGGCGAUUGGAGUAUAUUUUUGGCUAUUUACCUCAAUAUUUGGUUGCUCUAAUGUUUUGUUCUUUUGUUCUUUUGUUCUGUUCUGUCCUGUAAUGAAAAUACUCAGGUCAUUUCAAAGAUGAUUUAAUUAAUUUGCCUAGUCAGGAUAUGCGUCUAGAUGAUCUAAUCAUCUGGAUUGAAACUCUGUAAUUCCUAAGAAUUGCAAGGGCCAGCAAUUUGCAUCGAAAGAUUUAGAAUGAGUCAUAUCAUCAUAAAGAAAGAAGAAGAAAAAAGCAAGAAGAGGUAAAGGCAGGGCAGCAAUUUGCAUAGAAAGAUUCAGAGUGAGUCAUAUGAAAGAAAAUAAAGCAAGAAAAGUUGCAAGGCCAAAAGGGUGGUAAGUUAUUCACAAAGGGUGGUUGGAAACUUGCUAUGAGGAGCAAUGACCAACCACUCCUAACGCAGGAUGAGGUGGUCGGACCACCCCAAUAACUUUAGGUAUGGUCCAUUUAUUCCUUCAUUUUGGGAAGGUACUUUAACCAUCUUUAAAAGUGGUCGAUCACUCCCAAAAGCAUGUGUUUUGGGUGGUUCGGUCAUUUUUUAUUUGUUAUGGAAUGAUCAGC